AGCGAUCCAGUGCUUCCGUUCGCGCCGGCAGGGCAGCCUUGCUUGCUGAUUCCCAGGGCUGGAAACAUCUCCAUUUGUUGUAAGUCGGUACCAGACAGCAGCACGAAUAGGCAUAAAGUAGACCACUCUCAAAACUCUCCCCACGCGUACUCUCACUCCUUGUCCUCAAGCUCGUCUUGUUUCUUUCGCUCCGAGUUUCCUUCCUCCCCCGGCCGAGCCAAAGUUUGUGGAGCUGAGAGUCAUACGGUCACGCUCACGAGUACGUCCAGUCACGAGUAUGAUCGAUUGAUCGGAGCGAGACCUCGACUCCUUCUCCCCUCAAGCCCACGUUUGCCGUCAUGAUUUCGCGAAGCUGAACAUUGCCUGCAGCUAAAACCUGCCACGCAGACAGACGACCGGGUUGAGGAGUGGGAGAGAGAGAGAGCAGACGGAGGAGACGGCAUGCUUAGGGUUUAGGGGCCAGUUAAGGCGAGGCAUCCGCUGCCACUGAAGAGCCACGCGGCUCUCGCGCGCCGGGAAGGGAGGGCGAGAGAGAGGGCGCUGCGGUCACACCGCUGCCACGGCGGCGUGGGGCGCUUAUGACCGGCAGCUUGCGCCGAAGAAGGCGACGAAGGUCGCGACAAGAAUCGCCUCCAUGACCCAAACAGACUCCCACCCCGGCUCUGAAGCACAUCGUGGUGUAUUUGACGCGGACAGUCUGUCCCCUCUCGUGCGCGCUCCGGCCCCGCUUGUCCAAUCUGCGAUCGUCAACUCACUGUGCGCCGAAACCUCGUUCCGCCCGGCUCCGCUCCCCCUUGUUCCCCUGGCUCCGCGGUUUUCCGCUGAUUUGAAUGCUGCCGCCGAUUGUUCGAAAUUCUCCAAGAACGCAUUAGGUGAUGAGCUGAUUGGUGGGCAAUACCGUCGCAUCCGUCGCGUCGGCGCGGGGUCGCAGGCUGUCGUCUGGGAAUGCGAGGACAUUGCGACAUCGCUGCGGGUCGCAUGCAAGAGCUACGCGAUCGAGCAGGCUCCGAUGCGCGACAUUACGGCGGAGGUGCGAUCGCUGGAAAUCGUGGGCGACCAUCCGAACGUCGUGCGACUGCUCGACGUGAUCGUCGAGCGACGAAGCAGCGUCGCAGGAGGGCCAGACACUGCGUGUACCCUGAACCCUCGUACAAGGGUGCAUGGCACGCGCAUCACUGAAGCUGAAACGAGACGACCUGCGACAAAUGCGGUGGUUAAGGACCGUUCGAAUCAUGUGGCAAGCGCUGCUGCGACAGGUGCAGCUGGGACAGGCGGAGCUGGGACAGGCGCAACCGCAGUGAGUGCCCAGACAGACCUACCUCCUACAGCCGCUUCCGCGCGUCCGAUAUCUGCCGCGUCAUCUCAGCCGUCCGAUGCAUCCCUUGACGCGGAGGUGCACGUGCUGAUGGAGCUGGUGCCCGGCGACGACCUCCUGACUGAGAUUCUGAAGCGCGGCCCCAUCGCCGAGCCGCUCGCGUCGGCUUUGUUUCUCCAGCUCGCAUCGGCCGUCGCGUACUGCCACGCGUCGGGCGUCAUGCACCGCGACAUCAAGCCGGAUAACGUUCUGCUGCUCCGCCCUCCUCCUGGUACCGCCGUCGGCGGGUCGUGCAUUGUGACGGAGCAUGCGGCAGGCUGUGCGACGGAGCCGGCGUUGGAGAGAGUGGCGAAACAAACGGGCGAAAAAGCAGCAUUCGCAGGAGCAUUAUCUGCAGCGCCAUGUCACAUGGAAAGAGGAGUAGCUGACCCACCGAGCUCAGGCCGACCGAGCACCAAGGCUGGCAUUACGGUAGUGAACGGAGCCACGGCAGCGAGCAGCGCGGCUUUACUGCCGGCGGGCGGGGGGAGAAAGGCAUCGCGUGAGCCCCGCGCGGAGGAGAGCCUCUGGGGAUGGCUCAUGGGCGCGCGGCUGUUCCCUUCCGCUGCCGCUGGUAGAGCCGCGGGUUCCGACGGGCUCGGCGCGCAGGGCAAGGGCGCGGACAGUCCGCUGAGGGUUGUCCCUGGGAAGGUCGUGGGGCGGCGGUUCGCAGGGAGGAGCACGCGCGUGCAUCCAGUGGUGGGGGAUGAGCCGACUAGCGGCGCUACUGAGUUGACCGCGCAACCCGCUGCUGCUCCUGCUGCUGCUGGUGCUGCGCACUCGAUCUCGCACGCGCGCUCACAAGCUUUUGACCCCCAGCCUUCCGCUUCCGCCACUCUCCAUUCCCCGAUUGCUUCCGCCUUCCCCUCGUUCUCGUCCACCCUCUCUGGCGCCCUUGCGCCUGCGCCCUCCCCCACAUCCGUUCUCCCCUCGCCUACGCUUGUGUCGCACUUUCUAGCACACACGUCCACACCCACCGUUCCCCGCCCUCUUUCUUUUACCACUGGCGGAGGGCUUGGGGAGCGGUGCUCCCCCUUCCACGGCGAUUCCACGGAAAGCAGCACGCUUUCCGCCAUGGGCGCGGGGUGGGCGCACGUGGGCGCGGAGAGGGGCAUCUGGGGGGUGAAGCUGGCGGACUUUGCGCUGUCUACAGUGGUGGCGGGGGGGAUGCGCGGGGCGAUGGCGGACAAGGGCGCGGGGACGCGGCAGUACAUGGCGCCCGAGAUACUGCUGCUGGAGGUGCGGCGGAGAAUGGCAAAGGAGAGGAGGCGGAGUCAGGGCAGCAGGGGCGGGGAAGGGAUGAGGGGGAGGAAGGAGAUUGGGGAAGGAGGGAAUGGAAAGAGAGAAGCAGUGGGGGGAGGAGGGGUGGUGAGGGGAAGUGGGGAGAAGGAUGGAGGAGGGGAACAAGGCACCGUGGAGAGCAGUGAGGUUGAUGAAGCGAGGUGGAAGGAUGAAGCAAGACCUGAUGAAGACGAGGAUGCAGGCAGUGAGUGCGGCUAUGGCAUGAAGGCGGAUGUGUGGAGCAUGGGCAUCACGCUGUGCUCCAUGCUCACUGGCCGACUGCCCAUCGUCAAGCCGGCUAAACUGCUGGCCAUCAUGCACGCCCAGCAGCAGCACCAACAGCAGCAGCAGCAGUGGCAGCGGCAGCACCAGCAGCAGCAACAGCAACAGCAGCUGCAGUGGCAGCAGGAGUGGCAGCAGCAGCAGAGGUGGCAGCAGGGGGAGCAGGGAGUGUGGCAAAUGUGGCCAAGUCAAUCCCAGGGUAGGGAGGGGGGGGCAGCAUUAUAUGGGGGGGGCAGGCAUCACCAUGGGCAGCAGCAGCAGCAUGUGAUGGCGUCUCAAUCUCAGAAUGACCCCACUCAGGCGAUCUAUGCACCCACAGCAUAUGCUUCGCACAGCUACACUGGCAGGGACCCUGCAUUCUCUAAUGUCACUCUCCACACACUCACCUCAGCCCCUAUUUCGUCUUCAGAUACCAGCAUGGUACCUGUUGACAUGAACAGUAGUUUGCAGAUAGACUUCGAAUCUCCUGGCUGGAAACGAAUCUCCCCAGCUGCGAAGGAUCUCAUCCGCCGAAUGCUCUGCAUCAACCCUGAUCGACGGCUGAGCUCGCUUGAGGUGUUGGAGCACCCAUGGCUGAACCAACGGUCUGUGAGAAGCCGGGACUUGUCUGCACUUUGCCCUGCCCUGCUUUUCCAUAAACCCUACCCAUCCACAUCCGCACCCACAUGCACAUCCACAUUUACAUCCACAUCUGUGCCCUCGUUUUUAGAAAAUGCAUCCAUAAUGGCAUUGUGAGAGCUUCACAUGUCAAGGGAUGCUUGGUUGCCAGCAUGGCAUGGUUUGCAGCAGGCAAUGUGGUGCGUGGCAAUGCAGUAAGUGAGGGUGCUUGGCCAAGCACCUUUUCCCUCAAGAUUGGCUUCAACUCCUUCAAGGAUUCAAUUUCUUUGUCGUCUUCCAGAUUAGCUUAUUGUAGGAUAUUUGGGGGUUUAUAGGCUGAUAGGUUGUUGCAUAGCCACCUCAGCUGUGCUAAUAAUGCAACUAGUGGGUGUAGGAUUUAGAGUUUUGUGGUAAAUUAGCACCUGAUUGCAAAACCAGCACUGCACCAGAUUGUCGUUAUG